ACCCACUUACGUUUCCUUGCCUCUGUUUAUCUCUCCCUCGCCCUCGUCCAAACAGGCCUUGAGUACCCAUCACUUCUUCGUCGACAGAGAAGCAGAAACCUCCAUUCAUGGCUACAACCGCCUCCACUGUCUCAACUUCUAGUUGCCAAAGGUUGUUGGGAAAGGUUGCAUUGGUCACUGGUGGAGCCACAGGGAUAGGAGAGAGCAUUGCUCGUCUAUUCCACAAGCAUGGUGCAAAAGUUUGUAUAGCUGAUUUGCAAGACAACUUAGGGCAAAAUGUCUGUGAAUCUCUUGGUGGUGACCCAAACACUUGUUACUUCCAUUGUGAUGUUACAAUAGAAAAUGAGGUUCAAAGUGCCAUUGAUUUCACAGUAGACAAAUUUGGAACAUUGGAUGUUAUGGUCAACAAUGCAGGGUUGUCAGGUCCACCAUGCCCAGACAUCCGGAAUGUAGAUUUAUCUGAUUUCGAGAAGGUGUUCAAUGUAAAUGUGAAGGGCACAUUUCUUGGAAUGAAGCAUGCAGCAAGAAUUAUGAUCCCACUAAAUAAGGGUUCUAUUAUUUCUCUCUGCAGCGUUGCCAGCACCAUAGGGGGACUUGGACCCCAUGCAUAUACAGGAUCAAAGCAUGCUUUAUUGGGACUGACCAGAAAUGUUGCAGCUGAGCUAGGACAAUAUGGGAUACGUGUGAACUGCGUUUCUCCUUAUGCAGUUCCAACAGGCUUGGCCUUGGCUCACUUGCCCGAGGAGGAGAGAACUGAAGAUGCCAUGGCAGGUCUUUGUGCUUUUGUUGGGAAAAAUGCUAACUUGCAAGGAAUGGAAUUGACAGCUGAUGAUGUAGCUAAUGCCGUGCUCUUCUUAGCAAGUGAAGAAGCAAGGUACAUUAGUGGGGCUAACAUAAUGGUCGAUGGCGGUUUCACUGUUGCAAAUCACUCACUUAGGGUAUUCAGAUGAAGUGUUAAGUUCUGCCUUUCUUUAGAGAGCAAAGCAAUCUAUUUUGCCAUCUCUGAAAUUGAUAAUCAUUCCCUACAAUAAGAUGGCAAGUUAUAUGACAUUAGGGGCUUUUUUUUUUUUGGUAUUUUUUUUCUUAUAUGGCUUGGCUAUAACAUAGAUUCAACCUUCAGAUUACAUAGUCUUGGAGAUGACUACAAUAUCGCUAAAGUAACAAAGUUGCCAUUUUUUGGCACUUCAUAGAAGAAUUUGCCAAUUUUAACCUC